UGCAACUUCCUGCCACUGAGGAAACAGUACAAACCAACACUCGCUUCUCCUUUCUCUACUGUGGUCUCGGGCUGGCAGGGAGCCCCAUAUCCUUGUGGCCUCAGCCAGCUUUCCCCAGCCCUACAUGGGAGGAGAGAUGCCCUGGACCAUUCUGCUGUUUGCAUCUGGCUCCUUGGCCAUCCCUGCCCCGUCCAUCUUCCUGGUGCCCCCCUACCCAAGCAGCCAAGAGGACCCCAUCUACAUCUCCUGUACAGCCCCGGAGGACUUCCUCGGGGCCAACUUCACGCUGUUCCGAGGGGAAGAGGUGGUCCAGCUUCUGCAGGCCCCCUCGCACCGGCCUGGCGUGACCUUCAAUGUGACUGGUGGUGGCAGUGGCGAUGGGGGCAAGGCUCCUGGGGGGAACUUCCAUUGUCAGUACAGUGUGAUUGGUGAGCACAGCCAGCCCCAGCUCUCAGGCCUCAGCCAGCCCGUGCAAGUCUCCUUCCCAGUCCCCACCUGGAUCUUGGCGCUCUCCCUGAGCCUGGCUGGAGCUGUCAUCCUCCUCGCAGGGCUGGUGGCUGUCGUUGUGGUGGUCAGGAAAGUUAAAGUCAGAAACUUACAGAAGCAGAGGGAACGCGAAUCCUGCUGGGCUCAGAUCAACUUCACCAACACAGAGAGAUUGGCAAGGAUCUGGAAGAUCCUGGAAGAAGAUGCUGGAACCCCAACUCCUUUUGCAGAGUUAAUUCUGGGCAUGGAGACUGUGGGCAAGGACCAGACAAAGAAAAUGACUCAGGAAGACUUGGUGGCAACCUUGGAUGCACAUCCUUGCAACUCAGGACCUCGAAAGAGGCCCACCUCUGCAUCCUCCUCUCCGGAGCCCCUGGAGUUCAGCACUUUCCGGGCCUGCCAGUGAGGCUGAGGAGUGAGGACCUCUUUAUCCAGUUCUCCCCCUCCCGCUGCCCAUGGCUGCAGAAGCUGGACAUCUGUCCAGAGACCUGGCAGGAGGGGGAGGUCAAGCCAGGGCUUUCGUAGGGAUGAACUGGCCAGAGGAAGGGGACCUCUGGUGUUGUGACCUUCCUCACAGAAGACAGGAAGACCAGUCACCUCUGUAGACUCCCAGAAUGGUCAGCUCACCAGGGAAGUGAUACCGAUACCACUGCAUCCAGACACCAGCUGGACAUAAGAGGUCUACCUUCUGUACUGCCUUUCCUGUGCUUCCAGCUGCACCCCACUUCCAGACUGGGUGUUUUCUUGGGGGGGGUAUGUUUUUAGCUGUUGUUUCUAGACAGGGUCUCACUAUGUAGUGCUGGCUGUCCUGGAACUCACUAUGUAGACAAGGCUGGCUUUAAACUCAUAGGGAUCCACUUGCCUCUCCCUCCAGAGUGCUGGGAUUAAAGGCUUGUGUCACCAUUGCCUUGCAGGGCAUA